GGCAGCUGCGAGAGGGAAGCAGUCACAUGAUUCGCGCAGAGCCCAGCUGCCCAAUUCCAAUAUGGUGGCCAGCUUGGCAGACCUACGGUUCUUGUUGAUGAUAUUGUUGCUCUGCGGGAGGAUCGGGGACGGCGCCUGCAGCCAGCAAGCCCCGCGCGUUCUGGGGUUGCGACUGGAGGACCCAGAAGGCCGGGUGUAUAUGAAGGAGAGGAUCAUCUCUGCGCCGCAAGGGGCCAGUUUCAAGCUCCGGCUGUUCGGCUCGGAUCUGAAUGGUACCUGGCCGUGGGUGGCGUUCGCUGGGGCUAGACUGGGAGAGGCCGGUGCGGUGGGGGAUGCAGCCGACCCGUGUGGGCAGGAGACCCGCCGUGACACCUCCGCCUUCCAGGUCACCGGGGAGGUCACGGCGGACGAGGAGUACAGCGGGCUGAUAGAGGUAAAGGUGCGGGACAAGAGCAUUAUGUCUCUCGCUGCAGGGGAUGAUGCCAACCCGACCUACCACCUGUGUGUGCUGAAGAGCGGGAGUUGGGUGUCAGUGGGACCGGACAGGCUGCGGAUCAACAACGAAAAUGGUCUCCCAGCGGACUACAUCCCUCCGUGGGGUGUGGCGGUGCUGAUUGUGCUGCUGAUCCUGGUGUGUGGGGUGUUGAGGACUGUGAACCUCAGCCUGCUGUGGCUGGACCCUCUGGAGCUCUAUGUCCUGCACAGCUGCGGCUCUGAGGAAGACAAACGGGCUGCCAAGCGCCUCGAGCCCAUCCGGAGAAGGGGCAACUUCCUGGUGUGUUCCCUGCUUUUCCUGUGCGCUCUGGGCCAUUCGGUUCUAGGUGUGCUGCUCUACCGGGCCGUAGGUUCCAUAGCGCCCACAGUCUUCACCAGCGGGUUCCUCAUCUUCCUGGUGUCAGAGCUGGUUCCACACAUAGUGUGUUCCGGCUACGGCUUCCAGCUGGCCCCAGGCCUCACCUGGCUGGCACAGGUGUGUAUGGUGCUGACGUGCCCACUGUCGUGCCCACUGGGCCUGGUGCUGGAUCUGGCACUGAGGCGUGACAUCAGCACCUGCGGCGUGAGGGAGAGGGCCAUGGAGAUGAUACGCACCAAUGUCAACGACCCCUACAGUGAGUUUGUGAAGGAGGAGUUUAGCCGUGGUGCGCUGCGCAGUAAGACCGUGGACGACAUCCUGACUCCGCUCAAGGACUGUUUCAUGCUGUCUUCCACCGCUGUGCUGGACUUCUCCACCAUGUCGGAGAUCAUGCAGAGUGGAUACACACGUGUCCCAAUCUACGAAGAGGAGAGGUCCAACAUCGUGGAGAUACUGUACGUGAAGGACCUGGCUCUGGUCGACCCUGAUGACUGUACUCCCAUGACAACUAUCACCAAGUUCUACAAUCACCCACUGCACUUUGUCUUCAACGACACCAAACUGGACGCCAUGCUGGAGGAGUUCAAGAAAGGAAACUCAGCCCUGGCCAUCGUUCAGAAGGUGAACAACGAGGGGGAGGGAGACCCCUUCUACGAGGUGCUGGGAUUGGUCACCUUGGAGGACGUCAUCGAGGAGAUCAUCAAAUCAGAGAUCCUGGAUGAGUCUGACGGAUACAUCGACAUGAAGGUGAAGCGUCCUCUGGCCCCUCUGGAGAUUUCCCUGGAGCCUCGCAGCGUCCACGAAGAAUUCUCUCUGUUCAAACUUCCCGAGGGCGAACCCAAGAUCCGCACCUCGCCCCAGCUAUUGCUGGCCACACACCGCUUCCUGUCCAGAGAGGUAGAACACUUCAGCCUGGCCCGUGUGUCAGAGAAGGUGUUGUUCCACCUGCUGCGUCACCCCAGUGUCAACCAGGAAGUCCACUUUGACCCCUCCAACCGCCUGAGCGCAGACCACUACCUCUACACACGCAACCACCCCGUAGACUACUUCAUACUGCUACUACAGGGCCGUGUGGAGGUGGAGAUCGGUAAAGAGGGCUUGAAGUUUGAGAACGGAGCGUUCACAUACUACGGUGUGUCUGCACUCACAUUGCCAACCUCAGAUUUUUCUCAUUGAGAGAGAAUCUCUUUUUCAAGCGAGACCUGGUCCAACAGCAGCAGGGGGAACAAAGUUUCCUGAAAAAAAACAACUUACUAACACAUUGAACAAAACUAUAGACACACGUUCAGUACAACAAUGACAUAUUAUGUAAAGAAACAGCUGUCCUAAAGACAAUUACACUCUUCCGUGAUAUUUAAAUCGACCAAGUGUGUUUAAACUUCACCAAAGUGACAUUUUUAAAUGUUCAGAAGAGAAUUCCAGGACCACGGAGCUGAGUAGCUAUCACUAUUUCUACCAUGACCUGUUCUAAUUCUUGGUACUGUUAAAAGCAAAUGAGAAUGGGAUUGUAAUUGAUAUUUAUUUACUGACCUGAUUAUUAUAAUUAUUUUUAACAGAGCGAAAGUGGCAUUUUACCCAGUAUGGCCUCCUAAAUCAGUGUAGACCAUUGUUUAGGCUAGGUCAAUGACGACCAGCCAAAGGCGCUGUAGAGAUGACAAUGAUGUGUUAGAUGUUUUUGAUUGGUAAUGAACCUGGGGGCUGCAUUAUAUACUGAAUCAAGUGCUCUCAGGGUAGUGGCUGAGGCCUAUAUACAAUCUAAAACUGCCAGUAACGUACAUCGUACCAGCUCCUUCCUGGCCUCCAGAGAAAAAAAUCAACCCUGUAUCCCGGUAAUAAAAACCUAUUCUCAGCUUGAGCUUGAGCUUUCCUUAUCAAGUUCUCCACGUGAACAGUGAAGCUUUAACUUGCUCUAUAGUAUGUCCAUACAAUGUAGCAAUAACAUGAUUAAUAGCAUGCCUGGCAUUUGGAAAUACUGUGCAUUUUGUUUUACCCAAAUUCAUAACCAGCGUCAAAUCAUACAGAUUCUGUUGUAUGGCGUUAAAUGCUCUUGGGUAUUUUCAAAAGCUGAAGAUGAACUGCUACAACUUGAAUAAAGAACAGUAUCAUCUGCAUAAAAAUGAACAUCCGCUGUUUCAAUAUGAUCCCCAAUGUUGUUCAUAUGCAAAAUGAACAACAGCGGGCCCAAAAUAGAACCUUGCGGAACAACUCAGAUUUACAUCCAUCCACCAUUACACAUUGUGUACGAUUUGAUAGGUAAUUUAUAAACCAAUCUAGAGCAUGACCAGUAAUUCCACAACAUCUUCACUUUUGCACCAACACAGCAUGGUCCACGGUGUCAAAUGCCUUUGACAAAUCAAUAAAGACAGACACACACUGUAACUUCUUGUCAAGAGCACAGUGGAUGUCAUGUAAAACCUUCAAUGUUGCUGAAACAGUGCUGUGGCCAGACCUAAAACCUGAUUGCAUUCUAUUUAAGAUGUUUUCAUGGAGUGAGGCCUUCAGCUGCCUACUAACUAAGGACUCCAGUACCUUAGAAAGUACAGAUGAUUUUGAUAUGGGUCGAUAGUUGUCUAGUAGCGAAGGAUCUCCACCUUACAGGCGAGGCAGUACAAAAGCAGAUUUCAGUAACAGGAUUUCCUUAACAUCAAGCGUGAGGUUAAAAAUACAUGUUAAGUGGGGAGCGAUGAUGUCUGCAGCUAGGUGUAGGAGGCGGGGGUCUAGAUCAUCAGGGCUUUCUUUCUAUUAAUAUCUUUCAGGGCUUUACGUACUUCUGAAACAGAGAUGGAUGAGAUGGAAAACCUGGCGAAGGAGUGCACAGGGGUGUCGGGUAUAUUCACAGGGGGCUCAUUUGGACCUGUAACCUUUUCAAAUAAACUUCCUGCAUCUAGAACAUUUUGAUUUAAGGCUUUCAGUAUAGAGGUUCUCUCAGUUACAAUCUGUGUCUACCAACAAUUGUUUAGGAAGCUGUGUAUCU